UUGUCAUCACCAGGACGAUAUUCCGAUGGUAUUUUGAAUAAAAGGAGAUCUUCAGGUACUAUGGAAAACACGUAAGUAUUAGUGGACAAGGCACAUUUUACAACAACUUACUUUGCAUUGUUAGGAUAAAGAUAUGAAUAACCCUAAAAUUAUAAGAUGGGGAAUAUGAUAGUUUUUCCCUCAGUUGGAUAGUGUAACAUUUGGUACGAUGUGUGUAAUAAGCGUAAUAAGCGUAACAAGCGUAACAGGCGUAAUAAGCGAAACAAGCGUAAAAAAUUGUCCAAUCAGCGGAAUUUAUUUUAUAAGCGUAAUAAGCCGUAACAAGCGUAACAGGCGUAACAGGCGUAACAGGCGUAAUAAGCGUAACAAGCGUAAUAAGCGAAACAAGCGUAACAGGCGUAACAAGCGUAACAGGCGUAAUAAGCGUAACAAGCGUAAUAAGCGUAAUAAGCGUAACAAGCGUAAUAAGCGAAACAAGCGUAACAGGCGUAACAAGCGUAACAGGCGUAAUAAGCGUAACAAGCGUAAUAAGCGUAAUAAGCGUAACAAGCGUAAUAAGCGAAACAAGCGUAACAGGCGUAACAAGCGUAACAGGCGUAAUAAGCAGAGUCUGUUUGUUUCUACAUUUCUCAGAAGCGUUUAUAGAGUGUUGUAUACAUUCUCUUAGAGUUUUGUUACAUGCCUCGGAUUUACUGCGUCUAACUCUCUUUUAACAA